GCAGUCUUGAGUGUUAAAAAAGCGUGUCGGCUAUAGAGUAGAACACGUUCACACAAAGAUCCACUCACGUUUGUCGAGUUGAUAUAGGUACAGUGUACACGGACGGCACUGCAGCCGUGCUCGCGACUUUCUGCGGCUGCACUUGUGCUUGCACCCUGACCUGCUGCGUCAUUGAGCGCCAAGAGUCUGCUCGUAUUCCGCCGCGCUGCUCGACAUCGCUUUUCUUCCAAGAUAAGCCUGGCCUGUUCGCCUUUGCACCACCACCCCACCCAAUCACUUCUCACGACUGGAAGUCUUGCUGUUCUGAUCUGUGAAUAUCAGAGACAUCAUGCUUCGCCGUCCACUGCAAACCCUGCCGCGCUCCAGCGGAGUCCGCUUCUCCAGCUCCUCCGCUGGCGCUUCUGGCCCAUCUAACGGAGUCGCAGGGAACAACUCGAGGCGAGCGCUCUACAUCGCCGGGGGAGCAGCCGUCCUGGCUACCGGUUUCACUCUUUCGGGCUUCGGCAGCAGCAUUUAUGCUGACCAAAAGGGAGUUCAAGGAGAUGUCAGACCCCACCCGCUCUGGGUUCCCCCAACUCGAGCCCAGAUGAUCGCAGCUCUCAAAGCAUCUUCAGCUGCUAGUCUUCGACCUCAGACUGACCGCAUCGCCUCUGACAAUAGCUCGCUCGGAGUCAAAGCUGCGGAGGCCAAGAGCUCUGCCCCCAGUCCUGCCAGCAGCGAAGAUAGCAAAGGCUUGGCACCUGGCAGAGUCGGUGACGAGGAUGGAGACGGCUUCGACCUCCUCAUCGUCGGCGGUGGUGCCACUGGAGCUGGUGUCGCCGUCGAUGCCGCCACACGUGGUCUUAGUGUUGCUCUGGUGGAGCGUGAUGACUUUGGCGCAGGCACGUCUUCCAAGAGCACCAAGCUGAUUCACGGAGGUGUGCGCUACUUGCAAAAGGCUGUCUUUGAGCUCGAUUACGAUCAGUACAAGAUGGUCAAGGAAGCGCUGCACGAGCGCAAGACUUUCCUGCACAUUGCUCCUUACCUCUCCGAGCACCUGCCCAUCAUGCUGCCAGUAUACCGCUGGUGGCAAAUUCCUUACUACUGGGCAGGCACAAAGAUGUACGACGUUCUUGCUGGAUCAGAGAACAUGGAGUCUUCCUACGUCCUCGGCAAGGGCAAAGCGUUGGAAGCUUUCCCAAUGCUCAAGGCCACCGGUCUUGCAGGCGCAGUUGUCUAUUACGAUGGGCAGCACAAUGACACCCGCAUGAACGUGGCUCUGGCUCUCACUGCCAUUCAUCAUGGCGCGGUCGUAGCGAACCAUACUGAAGUGGUAGCGCUGCACAAGAAGCAAGUGCAAGGCAAGCCUGACCAAGUGUGCGGCGCACGCAUGCGUGAUCUUCUCACCGGAGAUGAGUGGGACGUCAAGUGCAAGGGUGUGAUCAACGCCACCGGUCCGUUCAGCGAUGCUCUUCGCAAGAUGGACGAGCCCACCACGCAAGAGAUUGUGGCGCCCUCAUCCGGCGUUCACAUCACCCUACCUGGCUACUUCUCUCCGCGUGACAUGGGUCUCAUCGACCCUCAAACUAGCGAUGGUCGAGUCAUCUUCUUCCUGCCCUGGCAAGGCAACACGAUCGCUGGAACUACGGACACGGCGGCUCCUGUUGAAGCACACCCUCAGCCCAAGGAAGAGGAGAUCCAAUGGAUCCUGGACGAGGUGCGGAACUACCUCAGCCCUGACAUCAAGGUCCGCCGCGGAGACGUUCUGAGCGCCUGGAGCGGUCUUCGUCCGUUGGUCAAAGAUCCUGCGGCGAAGGACACUCAAAGUCUUGUGCGAAAUCACAUGAUCAACGUCAGCGCGAGCGGUUUGCUGACCAUUGCUGGAGGGAAGUGGACCACUUACAGAGAAAUGGCCGAGCAGACGGUGGACAAGGCCAUCGAGACUUUCACGCUGCAACCUGUGCGCGGCUGCGUGACCAAGGAGACGAGGCUUUUGGGAUCUCACGGCUGGAGCAAGACUAUGUACGUCAAGCUUCUGCAGCGAUUCGGUCUCGAGACGGAUGUUGCGAAGCACCUCUCUGCAACAUACGGAGACAGAGCGUGGAGCGUUUGCAGCAUUGCUGAGCCCACAGGCAGACGCUGGCCCGUGCAUGGCAAGCGCUUGGACAGCCUCUACCCCUACAUCGAGGCAGAGGUGCGCUACGCCUGCCGAUCCGAGUAUGCCGCAAAGGCCGCCGACUUUAUCGCUCGUCGCUCGAGAUUGUCGUUCCUGAAUGCGGAAGCGACAGCACAAGCCUUGCCGCGCAUCAUCGACUUGAUGGCUGAGGAGCUCAACUGGGACAACAAGCGCAAAGAGGCAGAGUACGCCGAAUCUCUGGACUUUUUGGGCUCCAUGGGCAUUCAGCCUGCUCGGGUCGAGCAGCUGAAGGCUAUCAGCUUGAAUGACAUGCGCAAGAUCUGGGAGGGAAAGACGGCGGCCAGCAUCAGCAACCUUAGCGUCGCGGCGCUGGACCCUCGGGAUGCUGAGGCGACGUCGGUCUCGCGCGCGAGUUUCUCAAGCGAGGAGCUGACCGAAUUGAGGAAACGUUUCUCUCAGCUUGAUGUCAACGCCGAUGGCCAAGUCGACGGUCGCGACCUGAAGGAGGUGCUCUCUCGUCUCGGCUACAAGAACGUCUCGGCGGAAACGAUUACCGGUAUCCUUGGCGAAGUCGACUUCGCAAAGACUGGAACGCUGCACUUUGAGGACUUUAUGGAUGUGUGCGCCGCCCUCAAGGACGCUAGAAUGGAGACUGCAUUCGGCAACAUUGUCAGAGAGGUGGAGAAUGGUGUCUCUUUCGAUCCCAUUGGGCCAUCGGCCAAGGAGAACUCGGCAAGCAGAGAUGCUAGGCGUAAGAUCCCUGUCGAGAAGAGCGGCGGUGGCUGGUAAAGCGCAGCAAAAGCAGGCUUGGAUCUCUACUCGGCUGGGCAAGUCUUUGAAAAGCUAAUGCGACUCGACGGCGGUCUGCGGAUCCUUGACCCCCACCUUCUUUGACGUGUGCAUGUUGGCGAGUAGCGCAAGCUUAUGAAAAAUACCUGCCCAUCACCUUCCUGUGAAUGCGCCUCGAAAACGCUUUCCAUGCAGCGGUAUCACGCUCGAUCGAUUGAUAGCGAUAUUGGACAGCAAUCAUAUCCGUAUAGACUAGCUCCACAGCACAGACGGCAAAGCUCACCGCUCGUAUCUGAACCGCACGGCCGUCAUCUGGGUAGGAGCCUGACUUCGCGUAUCCGACGUCGUCUUGAAUGAGGUACACCUCAGUGUAUGACCAAGCAGGAGUGCAUGCAAGGCUCAAUGUUCAGAGUGCUGCCAAUGAGGAGGAUGCCUGCCAGAGCUGAGGCUUGGUUCCUCCUUGCAAGCCAAUCAGAG